CGCUUUCGCCCUGGUAUUCAUACUCGUCAUGAACUUCCUACAGAUCGCCGUGGUGGUCGUUCUAGUGGUAGUGGCCUUGGCCAGAGCACAGGAUUAUCCAGCUGCAGAUCAGACAGCUCCAGAAACAGCAGCAGGAGCACCAGCAGCCGAAUCUCCGGCGGCUCCAGUCGGUGGCGCGGGUAAAAAGAACAAAAAUGUCAAUCACAACAUUGUGAACAUUGGAUAGAAUACUUCAAAAGAAACUGUUGCCAACUUAAUGAGGCCACAAUCUUGAUUAAAGUACACAUUUUUGAAAGCAUAAAAGGGAAGCGUAAAAUAUAUGUACCUCGAACUGCGUUAA